UAUUUUUAUUUUCAUGUUUUCAUAGUUUUUAUCACAUAUUUUGAGAGAGAAAUAAUAAAAUUGCAGUUUGAAUAACUAUAAUGUAAAAUGUGCCAUAAAUAUAAAGUAACAAUAAUCUUGCGGGAAGAUUCGGGUAUCUCUUUAAUAUAAUUUGAAUAUUUCUGUCAAAAUUCAAAGCUAAUUGUCAUGAAAAUGAAACAUGAAAGUGAUACUUAAAGCAGAUACAACUUUAAAACAGAAACUAUUUUCUCAAGACAAAGCAAAUUUCUUGGAAUUUUGACCAUUACAUUUGGUUUUUCAUACGCGAAUGAACUGGGAUGUCGCACUUUGGAAAGUAAUUUACUUUAAUUUUAAUUUUACACAUACAAAAAAUAACGAUAGAUUUAUCAUCAUUAGAACCGACCUAUGUUUUUAUCGAUGUCAAAACUGGAGAUGAUUUUAACGUUACAUGCUGCGUUAUAAACAAUGCACAUUGUCUGAGCAUUGUUGAAAAAAGUCAUUAUCAAAUUCCAAAUUUAAAAGAUGUAAACACAAGUAUUAAAGAAGUGACGAUCCAGAAUGCGAUGUAUAAAAAACAUAGCUAUGAGUUUACCUGCAAAUGUUAUGAGAAAGGAUUCAAAGUUACAUACGUUUCUGUUGGUACAGCCCCAAAAAAUGUAAAAGAAUUAAUAUGUGUGGUCGUAGAUUUUCUCAAAAUGGAAUGCAUAGUUGAAUUGAAUUAUGAAAGUAUUGACACGCGCUACUCUUUUCUUCUAGAUGAAUCCGAGUUACCAGCAAAACAAAUAAGUUAUGGUGAUAAUCCUAAAUACGCCUUUAAUCUUACCGAACCAAAAUAUAAAAUUGAGCGUUUGUACUAUAACUUCACAUUAAAAUCAUCAAAUAGUAUGGGAUCUUUUUCCGAGCAGAAAUUAGUCCAGCAAUAUAAGAUAGUUAAACCACAGUUACGAAAUAUUAAAUUAACAAACAUUACUUCCAAUGGCGUAUUACUUGUCUGGGAUAUAUUAAACCGCGAUGCAUACACUAAAAACACAACCGGUGAUCUUUUCUUUAGUAUCUCAUUAAGAUCAGAUAGAUUUGAGUUUUCUCGAAAUGAUUUUUCAAUUGAAAAUCAAGGUAACCACUUUUGGGUUAAAAUUGCUAAUCUAUAUCCCUUUGUUAAAUACGGAGUGAAUAUUCGUGUCAAGGCAAAUUUAACUUUUAAUAAUGAGCGAAUGUGGAGUAAUACAUUUGAAGAAUCUUUCACGACAUCAUCAAAAAAACCAAAUAAACCUCCUUACAUUGGAAUUGGAAAUUUCUACGUUCACCCUAAGGAGAAAAUCAUUAGUUUAUUUUGGCAACAAAUGCCAGAAUAUGAACAUAACGGUCCAAAUUUUGAGUAUGAAAUUUCUAACAUUAUGGAAAAUAGGCAAUUUAUUAAAUCAUUAAGGACAAUAACCACAAAUUCUGCUGCAAUUAUAAUCGAUUGGAAAAAUACAUCAGAAUACGAAUUUCAAUUGAGGAGUCGAAACAAAGAAGGAUUCUCAUCAGCUGCAAGUAUUUUGAAAAUAAGUCCACGUAACCCAAAUAUCAAACAUGAAGAACAAAAGAAGGCACUUACAAAAGUAUACAAUCAAACUUAUACUUUGUUUUGGUCAAAGCCAACUUAUUUCACUGGUUUGAGCAGCUUUACUCUUUUCUGGUGUAGUGCUGAAAUCGAAUCUCAAAAUCGGUGUAAGGGACCAAUGGAAUUUAUAUACUUAGACAGGAAAACCCUCAAUUACACCACUAACAUUUCAAGUACAACUAAUUUUGCUUUGUCAGAAAAUUAUUACGAUAACAGUUAUAGCAGUGGUAUGAUGUGGUUCAAGUGUAGUAAAAAUACUAACAUGGAUUCAUUCGAAAUUAAGUUCGAUUAUCCAGUGAUACCUACGGAAGAUAGUAUAACAAUUAAAUGGAUUGAAGAAUGCUGGCAUAUGCCAAUUAUUGAAAUGUUUAUAGUGACGUAUUGCGAAGAUAAUACCAACUAUUGUGAAAAAGAAAUAAUUCCUAAACAAGCCAAAUAUCACACCAUAAGAGGACUAAAACCAUCUUCCUCGUACAAAAUUACCAUUACAUCGAUUUUGAAAACAGGACUAAGACUAAUUAGCAAUCCAAUAACUGCCACAACUAAAAUUGAAAACAAUACAACUACGCUUUUUAUAUUUGCUUGCUCUGCUAUAAUUGGAAUUGUUGCAUUUAUUGUGCUAGGAAUUUUUAUAAAGAAACGAAUUCACGAUAUGAUGAAUAUCAAAAUUAUUUUACCUAAUGUGGAUGGAAAAAGAAACAGAAAUCAAUUCGGUGAUUACAAGUUCGGUUGCACAGCAGUUUGUGAAGAAAGGAUACCUUGGGACAUUUUCACACCACCCCAAGUUUCACAGGAAAAUCUUCAAACACAGAAACAAACUACUACAUCCGAUGAAUAUAUCUCUAUGGAUCAAGCUUCCAUCUCUAAAUUGGCCCCUACCUCUGUUUCUCUUCCGAGCCCGACAAGUAAUAAUGCCCAAAAUAGAGAGAUAUUGUUUUUGCAAUGUUCCAAUCGUAAGAAGGAUAAUUGUUCCUAUAAACCAAAUGCUGCAUCCGGUGUAUAUGUCUUUAUGGAUAGUGCCACUCACUUGGCACCUGUUGCUUCCCCGAAAACUGCCAAAUCCCAGAAGCUGAAGCAGAACCACCAAGAAAGAGAGAAUAAAGAGACUGAUUGUACACAUCUAGACGACAAAGAUGUCCAAAGCAUGGCGGAAAUGAAUAUAAGGUCAACUAAUGAAGUUACUGCAUCUAAUGGUUAUGUUCUGGUCAAUGAUGUACAUCAAAGCAUUAAAUUUCCUUUGGUACCAAAUUUAAACUCGGUAACUGGCCAAAAUCAGUUCUUGCUUGAUAGCCUUUCUGGAUACAUUAAUAAGAAACCUUGUUUUAAAACAUAUAUUCAAAGUUCACCUAAAGUAAAGACCUAGACCAUUUAUUAAAUUUAGACGUCAUAAAGUUCAUAUUUUUUUUAUUUAAUCUAGUGACUAAUAAAGUAUGAACAUCGUGAAGACUGCACGAUACGUUGACUUAUAAAUGAAAACAUAAACUAUAUUCUUAUUAGAUAUUUGUACGAGUAAAUUGGAAUUCCAUCAACUAAUAAAUCUGAACAAAUUAUCAAACCAGAUGGUGCACAAACAACAACUCUAACAAAGUUCUCAAAAAAUAUCUAUUUUACUUUAUUUAUAUAUUUGUAUUUGUAAUGAAUAUCAUUUGAAGUCAAUAAACUUGGAGAAUGUAUUGUUUUUACUGAUCUAAAUUUUAUAAAUUCCUUGUGUUUCUGCUUG